AUGCUAAUCAAGGUCAAUGUGUGGAUAUACGUGCUGCAGCUUGUUGUAAUGAAAGUAUCCUACUAUGUGCAGGGAUUGGACAGCGUUCACAUCCGGGUUCCGCAGGCGGUGACUUUGGGUGGUUCCGCCGUACUGAUCUGCGAGUGCGAUCUGCCGGACGAGGAUCUGUACUCGGUCAAGUGGUACAAGGGGAAGCACGAGUUUUUCCGCUACACAUCGAAGGAGAUUCCGUCGAUUAAAAUCUUCCCGAAGGCGGGAAUCAGUGUUGAUGUUAACCAUUCCAAUGCCAGUCACGUCAUUCUGGCCAAUGUGGAGCCCCCGACCAGUGGGAAGUACAGCUGUGAAAUAACGGAGGCAGCUCCCUCCUUCCACACUCAGAUAGUAACUAGAGAAUUACAUGUAGUAGAUUUACCCAAAAGCGACCCGGUGAUAGUGGAUAUGAAGCCGUACUACGGUGCCGACGAGUUUCUGGAGGUCGAAUGCAUAUCAAACGAAUCACUGCCAGCGGCUCGACUGGAAUGGCUGAUCAACGAUCAGCCCCUGGGUAAGAUACAGCCACCGUCCAGGCUGGAGUUUCUCACCAUACCGACGAACAGUAGCAUCAGCAUCAGCAGCAGCAGCAGCAACAACAACAACAAUAGCAGUAGUUUCGAGAGCAGUCACUCCAAAACCAGCGGCAGUUCUAGCAAUAAGAAACCCACAAAGUCUUCCCAGCAUCGAAAAAUGGCCGCCAUGCAAAGCGUUCCGGCGGCGGAAGACGACAGCAACUCACUGCUGCAGGCACAAAGUCACGAAUUCAUCGUACCGGUGGCAGCCGCCAUUGUCGCUUCGGCGGCGGCUCUGUCACUGACCGGUACGGUCAGUACGCAGCUUGCAGCGAUCGGGCCGUCUGCGGCUGCGUAUUCAGCGGCGGCUGCGGCACCCGCUAAUCGAAACACCCCCGCCGGCGGCGGCGGCGGCGGUGGAGGACGAAAAGCCAUCGGCAGUGGACGGUACGAGCAUUCCGUAUCGAGGCUGAAACUGCUGCUCGGGCAUGAACACUUCAUCGGUGGGAAGAUUCGGGUAACAUGCACCGCUCGGGUAUUCGAUCUGUACGAACGGACGGCCCUGCAGGUGGCCGACGAGAACUAUCCCCAGGUGCGGGUGCUCUCCAACAGCGACAACGGAGUGCACUUUUCCUUCAUGAGCGAUAAGGACGACGUCUUUGUACAAACUUAUGCGAUGGUUGUCCGAAAUCGAAUAGCUCUUCCACAGUCGAAAAUGUUCUACUGCAAGCAGUUACAGGCUCGUUACAACCGAAAGCAGUGCGAUGAAAUGGUGCUUGCAGUAAUCCGGUCGAUCUUAGAUUACGCUGUGAAGCGCGAAAAUCCAUGA